CCCGCCAGCCGGGCCAUGCCGGGCCGGGCGCCUCUGCGAGCCCUCCUGUUCUUCUUCCUCCUCAUCCUCCUCCGGGGCUCGGCGGGCGCAGAACCUUCUCCCCAUUUACCGGCUCCAGAGGAUGUGGAGAUUUAUUCCUAUAACUUCCAUAGUUUGCUGAGAUGGUCUCCUGUUCCCGUGGAGAGAGGCUUGGUGUUAUACACAGUCCACUAUAAAACAGGGGCCUUCCCUGUGUGGAACGAGAUGAACUGUACCCGGAUCCCCCGGACCCAGUGUGGGUUCCCCCUGGAGAUCCAGAAGCGGCUCUGGACGAUCUUCCUGCGCGUGAGGGCUGAGCUGGGGCAGCUCCCCUCGGCCUGGGUGCAGGCAGGGCCCUUUGUGGCUGAGAGGGACACCACUCUGGGCCCCCCCAGGGUGAGCAGAGUGAGUGCCAGCUCUGACUCGCUGCUCCUCAGUGUCACCCCCCCUUUCACGCCUGAGCCCGGGGACAGUUUCCAGUAUCGUGUGUUCUACUGGGAGAACACAACAAGGACCACGAAAAAGGAACAAGAGACACACAAUACAGUAUUCCAAAUUGGAAAACUAAAGGAAUCAACACUUUAUUGCUUUAGCCUUCAAUUUGAAUUCGAGGGAGUCUAUGGUGAACUGAUAGGACAGCGAAGUGCCCCAGAGUGUCACAGAACUGCCAUCAGUGAGGCAACCAGGGCUGGAUUCAUCACCCUGCUGUGUCUCUCGGGGUUAGUCCUUAUAAAUCUGGCUACAGCUGGUUUGCUGCUCCUGUGGAAACACCGCAAGAAAAUCAAACAGUCCUUUCAGCCACCUCUGAAAAUCCCCUCACACUUCGAAGAGUUCCUCAGGGACCCUGGCAUGCCUGGCUUGGAGGAGCUGGACAAUUCCCCGGAGGAUGAGCCCCAGGCUCUUGUGGCUGGAGAAGGAAUCCAAGCCUGGAGCAGCAGCCCAGGGUGACAACUCUUCAUCCACCACCCCCAGGGACAGGGAAACACAGACGAGCCACCCACUGAGUGUCCCCUGGCCCAGGGUUUCCAGCAGCUGCUCCCGGGGCGUGGCUGCUGCCGGGACAAUCCUGAGCAAAAUAUGGACCCUGGGAUGUGUCUCAGGGGCUUCUCCUGAGCUCCCCCAGCACCUCGUUCUGCCAAGGACACUGGAAAGGGGGAACACGGAAGGGAAACGAACACUAAACGCAGAAAAUGGUUAAAUUCCCACCCCAGGUUGGAAUAAAGCUUUGAGGAAUUGCAGCACUUUACAGGAGGGUGUAGGAGAACAUAGGAUUUUUCAGGGAGUGAAUCACUGCAAUGUAAAUUCCUUUUAUAGCUGAUUUUCUUUUGUUGGCAAUAAUACUCUUGUUAUAUCCACCCCA